AUGGAGCAUGUCAUUACCCCGUUGGAACCCCUGCUUCCCACUGCUCUUCUAAGAGCCUGUGCUGAUGGAGGUGCCAACCGCUUAUAUGACAACGCUGAAGGAGAAAGGGAAAGCUUUUUGCUUGAAUUUAUCAGUGGAGACUUUGAUUCUAUUAGGCCUGAAGUUAGAGAAUACUACACUACUAAGGGAUGUAAAAUUAUUUCAACUCCUGAUCAAGACCAUAUUGACUUUACCAAGUCCCUUGAAGUGCUCCAAAAGAAGAUAGAAGGAAAAGACCUGCAGGUAGAUAUGAUUGUGACCUUGGGAGGACUUGCUGGGCGCUUCCACCAGAUUAUGGCGUCUGUGAGCACUUUGUUCCAAGCAACUCGAAUCACUCCUUUGCCAAUUAUAAUAAUCCAAGAGGAAACUCUCAUCUACAUGCUCCAACAAGGAAAGCACAAAUUGCAUGUAGAUACCGGAAUGGAGGGUGACUGGUGUGGCCUUAUUCCUGUUGGACAGCCAUGCAGUUGGGUUACGACCACAGGCCUAAAGUGGAACCUCACUGACCUGGUGAAACAAUUACCUAUUGCAAUCUUGAAAGGGUAUUCUUGUGUGGGAAUGUCCCUAUACAGUCUGUUUGUGUCCAGUGGCUUCAAUGAGAGAUCUGGAUCUGAUGUGAGUACAAGUCACAUCUUCCCCCAUAUUGCACUGGCGGCUAUCACCUUGGUAGGAAUUAUAGCUGCAGUUGGAGGAGCUAAAGCCAGACCCAAGUGUUUUCUUAAAACUUCCCUUCAAAGGGAAGGAAUGAGUGAAAACUGCAGUGGUCACAGUGCUCAGGCUUCUGCUGUUCCUGCUCUGACCAGUACUACAGGUGGCCAGUCCAUGCUGAGCAUUUUGGCCGAAGGCAGCUUCCAGAGCUUCCUUAGAACCCACCUGCUGUCCUCUGCACUGAGAUCAAAUGAAGUGUGA